AUGAAUGGAGGCACCACUUUAAUAAAUGGCAAUGGUACCACUAAUGGACUUUUAAAGUAUACUCCACCAUCGUCUUCAGCAGUAGUUGCUUCUUCACAACAAGCGUCUACAACCACCACCACUUUUAAUUCUCCGGAUCCCAUAAUAGAUUUCCCUCAAACUAAAGAUGAAUUAAAUCAACUAUUAGGAAGAUACUACAAGUUAUUAAAGACAUCCCAUCAGUUUAAACAAGACCAUGAAGCUAAAGUUGAAGCUUUGAAAGAACUUGCUCAAGCAAAUGGAGAUUUACCAAAUAAUAUAACUCAUACCAACAACAAUGAUACAUUUAGUGCUGAUUCUGCUAGUGAUGAAGUAUCUAAUGUAUCUAAAGACAAUUCAAAUCUAGAAUCUUCAGCCACUCCUAGCUCUUCGGUUGAUUAUCCUCCAUUUAUAGAUCCAACUGAAAGAGAAAGAUUACUUAUUGAAGAAGUGCUAUAUAAAGUUUCAUCUAAUCAAGAUGAAUUUCUUGCCAAACAACAACAAUUUUAUGAUGAGUUAUUAACUACUGAAAUUGAAGCCAUAGAAAACACCGAUGAUGAAUCAUUCGAUUUUGAUUUGUUUACUAAACAAAUAACUGGAUUACAAUUAUUAUCAAAAGAUUAUGACUUAUCAGAAUCAUUACAAUCAACUUACACUAAUGAAACUAAAUCAUCUCCGAGUAUUGAUAUUGACACCAUUAUUAAAAAAUUAUCAUCAUUUGAAUCUACUGAUUUUAUUUCAAGAGCUAAAUUAUUAGGUAUCAAGAUUCCUCAAAGUUUAAGUGACUUAAAUCCAUUUGCUGCACCAAUUGGAAGUUAUUAUACUGAUAAAAUCUUAACUAAUAAGAUCUCAAAUAGAUUAAGAGAACUUGAAAAUUUACCUGGUAAUUUAGGUACUUUUGAAUUCAAUCUGAUUGAUAAUCAUAAGGUUACUACCAAUGAUAGUUUAAAGAUUAAAGCUCUUAUUGAAUUGAAAUCAUUAAGAUUAUUAUCAAAACAAAAGCAAUUGAAGCGUAACAUACUUAUACAUGAAGCUAAUCAAUCUAAAUAUAUUUUACCAAGCUUAAUGAAUGAUCCAAUUUGUUUACAAGAAAAGAGAUCGUUUAAUAUAAGAUCCAAAAUCGAACAAUCUAAUCCUCAAUAUUUAGCUAUUCAAUUAGAAGAAUUAAAGAAACAAGAAGCAAGAGAAUUGAAACGUCAAUUACAUAUUUCUAAAAUCAAUCAAGUAUUGGAAAGUGCCCUUACUUCUGCCAAUGAUAAAUAUCAAAAAUAUUAUUAUAGAUCAAAUACUUUGGUUAAACAAAUAUCUAACUUUCAUCAAAAUACUGAAAAGGAUGAGUCUAAGAAAUUAGAAAGAACUGCCAAACAAAGAUUGCAAGCUUUGAAAUCCAACGAUGAAGAAGCUUAUAUGAAAUUAUUAGAUCAAACCAAAGAUCAUAGAAUUACUCAUCUUUUAAAACAAACUAAUCAAUUCUUGGAUACUUUAGCCAAUCAAGUUAAAGCUCAACAAGAAGAAUAUGAAUUCACCGAUAAAAGAGAUGUCCCACCUGAAAUUAUGCCUGAACCAAAGCAAGAAUCAGUUGGUGAAGAUGGCGAAGUUAAAGAUGAAAAUGAAGAUUUACGUGAAAAAAUCGAUUAUUAUCAAGUGGCUCAUCGUAUUAAAGAAGAAGUUAAUGAACAACCAAAUAUUUUAGUUGGUGGUAAAUUAAAAGAAUAUCAAUUGAAAGGUUUACAAUGGAUGGUUUCAUUAUAUAAUAAUAAAUUAAAUGGUAUUUUAGCCGAUGAAAUGGGUUUAGGUAAAACCAUUCAAUCUAUUUCUUUAAUUACUUAUCUUAUUGAAAAGAAACAAGAAUCUAAAUUUUUAGUUAUUGUCCCAUUAUCAACUAUAACCAAUUGGACUAUGGAAUUUGAAAAAUGGGCUCCAAGUGUUAGAGUCAUCGUUUAUAAAGGAUCUCAACAACAAAGAAGAUCACUACAACAUGAAGUCAGAUUAGGAAAUUUCCAAGUGAUGUUAACUACUUAUGAAUAUAUUAUUCGUGAAAGACCAUUAUUAUCUAAAUUCCAUUAUUCUCAUAUGAUUAUUGAUGAAGGUCACAGAAUGAAAAAUGCUACUUCCAAAUUAUCAAUUACCUUAAAACAAUAUUAUAGAACUAAGAAUAGAUUAAUUUUAACUGGUACUCCAUUACAAAAUAAUUUACCUGAAUUAUGGGCAUUAUUAAAUUUCGUUUUACCAAGAAUUUUUAAUUCAGUAAAGUCUUUUGAUGAAUGGUUUAAUACUCCAUUUGCUAAUACUGGAGCUCAAGAAAAGAUUGAAUUAACAGAAGAAGAAAGUUUAUUAGUCAUUAGAAGAUUACAUAAAGUGUUAAGACCAUUCUUAUUAAGAAGAUUAAAGAAAGAUGUCGAAAAGGAUUUACCUGAUAAAGUUGAAAAAGUAUUAAAAUGUAAUUUAUCUGGAUUACAAUAUAUUUUAUAUCAACAAAUGUUAAAACAUAAUGCUUUAUUCGUUGGUGCUGAUGUCGGUGGAGCUAAAUCCGGUAUCAAAGGUUUAAACAAUAAAAUCAUGCAAUUGAGAAAGAUUUGUAAUCAUCCUUUUGUAUUUGAAGAAGUCGAAGGUAUAUUAAAUAGUUCAAGAUUAACUAAUGAUUUAAUUUGGAGAACUUCCGGAAAAUUUGAAUUAUUAGAUCGUAUUUUACCUAAAUUCAAAGCCAGUGGUCAUAGAGUGUUAAUGUUUUUCCAAAUGACUCAAGUUAUGGAUAUUAUGGAAGAUUUCUUAAGAUGGUGUGAUAUGAAAUAUUUAAGAUUAGAUGGGUCUACAAAAGCUGACGAUAGACAAGAUAUGUUAAAAGCUUUUAAUGCUCCUAAUUCUGAAUAUUUCUGUUUCCUUUUAUCUACUAGAGCUGGUGGUUUAGGGUUAAAUUUACAAACUGCUGAUACUGUUGUUAUCUUUGAUACUGAUUGGAAUCCUCAUCAAGAUUUACAAGCUCAAGAUAGAGCUCAUAGAAUUGGUCAAAAGAAUGAAGUACGUAUUUUAAGAUUGAUCACCAAUGAUUCUGUUGAAGAAGUUAUCUUAGAAAGAGCCCAUCAAAAAUUAGAUAUUGAUGGUAAAGUUAUUCAAGCUGGUAAAUUCGAUAAUAAAUCUACCGCUGAAGAACAAGAAGAAUAUUUAAAGAGAUUAUUAGAAGCUGACGCUCGUGGUGGAGAAAAUGAAGAAAAUGAUUCCUUAGAUGAUGAAGAAUUGAAUGAAAUUUUGGCUAGAUCAGAAGAAGAAACUGUAUUAUUUGCUAAGAUUGAUGCUGAAAGAAAGAAGCAUGAUAAGAAUUUAUUUAAAACAAGAUUGAUUGAACAAAGUGAAUUACCACCAGUAUUUACGGAAGAUAUCUCUAAACAUUUUGAAAAGAAGGUAGAAGAUAUUGGACGUAAAAGAGAUAAAAAGAGAGUUAAAUACGAUGAUGGAUUAACCGAAGAGCAAUGGUUAAUGGCAAUGGAUGAUGAUAAUGAUACAGUUGAAGAUGCUAUUAAAAGAAAAGAACAAAGAAUUAGUAAAAGAAAAAAGAAUAAGGCAGUCAGAGAGGGAUUAAUUGUGGAAGAAAUUGGUGAUGAUGAAGUUGGAGAAGAAGACGACGAUGAAGAUGACGAUGAAGAGUAUGGAAAUAGUUCAAGAAAGAGACAACGUAGAAGUACAUCAAGAACUCCACAACCAUCUACUAAAUCCAAGGGCAAAGCCAGUAAAUUCGUUGUUGAAGAUGAUGAUGAAGUAGAAGAUGAAGAAGAUGAAGAAGAACCUGUUGAAGAUGAAAUUGAAGACGAUGGUCCCGUUGAUGAAUUGACUCAACAAUGCAAUCAAGUAUUAGCCGAAAUUGAAGAAUUAGUGGCAGACGAUGGGCAUGCUGUGGCGGAGAUCUUCAUCAAAUUACCAUCGAGGAAAUUAUAUCCUGAUUAUUAUCUGAUUAUUAAACAUCCUGUAUCGAUCAAUCAAAUCAAGAAACAAUUAGAGCAAGGUAAAAUAGAAGAUUUUGAACAUUUUAAAUCUGAAGUCAAGCAGAUGUGUAUUAAUGGUAAGACUUAUAAUGAGGAAGGAUCAUUUGUGUAUAGUGAUGCUGACAUAAUUGAGAAGUUAAUUGAUUCUAAAAAUUAA